CAUUCACUCACUCAUCCAACGUUGGUGGUGGUCGUGCUUCGGUUGGCUUUGUACAGUUUUUAUUUCUUUAAUUUUUAUUUUCAAUAAUUCUAAAGGGUCAAUACCUUUCUUAGUAAGUAUUCAUCAAAACUGAAAUAUAUUUCCCAUCAAAGUAACUUAAAAGCCAACCACAAUUUUAGACACGCCGCCUCCACAAGGGUCUCAAUGUCAUCCGACCAUGACCUCACCACAGAGUAUGUCAGUUGACCAAGUCCGCCUGAUCCUCAGUGAGGUUAUAGACGCUCUGGAGUCUCCAGACUACUCUACGAAGCUGGAUGAAGCCAAGGAAGCUGCUGGCAAUGAGAUGCUAAAGAUGAUGCAGAUCGUCUUCCCAAUGGUGGUCCAGAUUGAGAUGGAGACUAUCAAGAGGCACGGCUUCAGCAAUUCCAGAGAAGGUAUAGUCCAGUUCACGCAGGUGGUCCGCGAGAUGGAGAGCCUGGAUUCGGAGGUGGCUCGUCUGCACGCCCACAUCCGCAGCCACUACCUGCCUCCCGUCUCUAUCAGCUCCACCGUGGACACCUCGUUGUAGGCUGCAAGGAGGUAGCCGACCAUCACACCAUCAAUGAAUCAAGACUUAUUUCCUAUCUAUGACUGAAGAAGUAUUAUUUAUUUGUAGCUUAUGUUCUUAUUUUAUUUUGUAUUUACUUUUAUUAAUUAAAAAUAUACCUAUGUAGUACUCUUA